AUGGUCGGUCCCGCCCAAGGGACCCGAGGGGUAGAGAUGGGCGGCCCACUCGCACUACCCACGACUAAGCCCCUCGCGCCCUCGGACAGCCGAGGGCCAUUAGCCCAGGCCUCUCCACAGUCGCCUGGCAAUGGCCGUUGUCACAAUAGGGCGGGGGCUGUGGCGUCAGAGAAGAUGGCUGGGGGUGCAGGGUAUGACGCAGGCCCCUCGUUGAUAACAUUUGCUCUAAACUUCUUCCUGGAGAUGUUCAAGCACCUUUUCACCACCACCCUUCCCCCCAGGUUACACGGGAGGCCUUGGACUUCAGAGGAAGCCGCCAAAAGUUACACAAAGCCCCUUUGCUUGGAGAGAUUGAAGCACAUUCCUGGAGCUCAGCCAGGGGAGGCUCAGGAGUUGUCUCAGCCCCUGUUUGAGUCGAUAUUCAUCCUCUCAGUGCAUUGGUCGGACGGCAGUGACAGCCUCAUCUACAGGACCUUCCAGGAGUUCCGCCAAUUCCAUAAAAGGCUGAAGGCCACCUUUCCCUUGGAGGCAGGUUUGCUGAAGAGGUCAGACUGUGUCCUUCCCAAAUUUCAAGAUGCCUCAGUACUUCUGCCCAGUGGAAGGACACGAAGGGGACUGGCCAGGUUACAGCGGCUGGAAGCUUAUUCUCAGGAACUUCUGGGGACCACAGAGACAGUAUCCCAAAGUGAGGUGGUCACUGACUUUUUCCAGCCCCAACCUGGGGACCUGGAGCCUGUCCUGCCCCAGAACAGCCUGGUGAUCAUGCCCUCCCCUUGGGAGAGGCCAGAACAGAGACCAAAGAAGCCCCCUGCCCUAAAGCCAGACAUCCACACCCUGGAGGCCCAGACUUUCCAGUGCCUGGAUAGCUACAGUACACAGGACACCAGGGGCAGGCCCUUUGAGGCCAGAGCUGGAGAAGAGCUGGACGUAUUGCUUAGAGCACCCACAGGCUGGUGGCUGGUGGAGAAUGAGGACAAGCAGGUAGCUUGGUUUCCUGCACCCUACCUCCAGGAAGUAUCUCCAAGAGAGGGACGUGAAGAGAUGCCCCAGAUACCCUGCGGUGGGCUGCCGUUCUGUGCCACGCAAGCUUAUGAAAGCAGCCGGGAGGACGAACUGUCUGUGCCUGCGGGGGCCCGCGUGACCGUGCUGAAGGUGUCUGAGCUUGGCUGGUGGCACUGCAGGUACCGCGGCCGCGUGGGGCUGCUCCCAGCCGUGCUCCUGCAUCGCUGCCGGGGCCCCGCUAACGCGAGUGCACUGGGCGUGCUCCUGAACGCGGGCCGGGCCGGCCUGGAGCCGGAGCCCCACGGUGGCAGAACUGAAGCCGAGCCUGGCGCGGGCAGAAGGCCCAGGGAGGGGCGCCUCCCGCCCCCCCCCCCGCCCAACUCGAGCUCGGACUCGGGCUCGAGCUCAGGCAGCGAUGAUGGGGAGGAAGGCAGUGCCACGGCGGCCCCUGGCUCUGCACCUGCCGUGCCCGCCCGGCCCAGGCGAGGGGACAUCCUUCGGAGUUGCUGCUCUGUGACCCGCAAGGCCCUUCUUGGUCCCGAGGCACCGAGGCCCUCAGCACCCACUUGGCCUUCGGGACUACAGAGCCCUGUGCCCGUGCCCCCUGCACCAACCCACUCCUAGCCAAGCCUGCCUCGCCCCCUCCCUGAGAAAUCCUUCCGACAGCAGGUUCUGAAGUGCUGCCCUCACCUCUGUUUUUGUCCCUGUGGGACCGAGUUCUGAGUGGUUCUGUCUUUAUUUUUAUUGGGUUUUGUACGUGUGUGAAUAAAAAGGAAGCUCUCCCAGA